ACUACUUCAUGAUAUAAACAUUGAUUGCACUCUUCGAAUGAUCUUCUUCCAAAGACAUUUCUACCCCCUUUCUAGCCUUUACUCGAUUUGUUCCUAGUAAAUCUAAGAAAAAUGCCGGAAACCAUGCGUGCAGUCGGUACGUACUUUUUCAAUGCUAUUGGACGCAUAGAAGCUUAAGCUCUUGCUCCUAGCAUAUCAACGUUUAAAAUCCAUGUAUUUAAAACCAUCACUAACAUAACUCCUAGAUAUUAAAAAUGAAAAAGGUCAUGCUGAUGCCCUCUACAUAAAUGAGUCCACUCCAAAACCUACCGCUUCAUCUGGUGAAGCUAUCGUUAAAGUGAAAGCUUUCGGGCUUAACCGCAUGGAUCUCCUCCAGCGCGAAGGCUACUACCCUGUUCCGCCCCAAGCUCCCAAAACCCUCGGUGUAGAAUUCUCCGGUACAAUCGAGAGUCUAGGUGCAGAUGUCAAAGAAGGAUUUAAUGUUGGAGAUGAGGUUUUUGGUUUGGCCUAUGGCGGUGCUUACGCAGAGUUUAUUGCUGUGAGCACGCAUAUGCUUUUGAAGAAACCUGAUCAUUUGAGCUGGGAAGAGGCGGCUGGAAUUCCUGAGGUAUAUUGCUACUUGAUCCAUGAUUUAUGAGUAUAGAAAUAAUCUACGAGAAAACUAACACAAUCCAAAUAGACAUGGAUAACCGCUACCCAAGCCAUGUACCUAGUCGGUGAAUUUUCGAAAGGAAAAUCUAUUCUCUGGCACGCAGGCGCCUCAUCCGUCUCUAUAGCGGGUAUCCAACUCGCAAAGAACUCUGGCGCGUCAGCUAUCUACGUGACAGCAGGCUCGCAAGAAAAGAUUGAUUUCUGUGUUAAUACAUUAGGAGCCACUGCAGGCUUUAAUUACAAAACACAAGAUUGGGCCAAAGAAAUUCUCGCUGCUACUGAUGGCAAGGGUGUAGAUGUCAUAAUCGAUUUCGUAGGCGCAAACUAUUUUCAAGGAAAUCUCAAUGUAGCUGCGAAAGAUGCGAGAAUCGUGCAAUUGGGAGUUAUGAGCGGAACGAAAUUACCAAGUGGAGUUGAUAUCAGUGCGUUUGUGUUUAAGAGGGUAAGGUUUGAGGGAAGUACUUUGAGGAGUAGAGAUGUGGAUUAUCAGGGUAAAUUGAGAGAUAGAUUGGAGGAGUAUGUUCCAAAGUUUCAGGAUGGAACAUUUAAGGUUUUCGUGGAUAAGGUUUUCCCUUGGGAGCAGGUGGUUGAGGCACAUAAGGAGAUGGAGAAAAACACUAGUAAGGGCAAGAUCAUUUGUACGAUUUCAUAGAGAUGAUGGGAUAUAUUGUAUGCUAGGGUUAUGUUUCCGCAACUGAUAAAACGGCACACGGUUUGCAGAAAUGCUUCUGAGCAUUUUUUAUGGCUAAUUGAAAUAUCUCCUGUCCAAGUAACGGCCUCAGUUGCAUAUGAACCGUUGUAUGGCUUCAAUGUGCUCUCCGCCGAAAUCCAAAUAAUCAAUAAACACCGCGCUCUUUAC